AUGGUGAGAUAAAACAAAGCCCCGCACACGGGGGAAGACCCCUGACCCAAAGAAGGGCACGCUCACCUCGUCCCUGUGCCAGUUCCAGGUGACCCCCGCGCACCUCGCAACUCAGCCGCAUGGUGCCGAUGGAUCAAUGGCGUCUGAGGAUUCAGCGCCCUCCUCCCCAGCAUCCGACCUCCUCGCUGGAAGUACUGAUUGGCCCCCAUGGCUAGACCUCCUAAAGGCCUUACCCACCAAGGAGGAUCUCUGCUCCACCACCUCAGAGGUGGGAGCCGUGAUCAGGCAGGACAUCCAGGCGCUGAGAGCCAACCUCCAGGGCCUGACUGACCGCGUGAGACACGUGGAGGCAGCCUGUGACACCCUGCGGGCGGCCCAGAACACGCUGGCAGAUGCCGAAGAAACCUGCUCCGAUUAG